UAGGUGUUUAUAAUGGAGUGAAAUUACAUUCACACGUAAAUAAACUGAUUAACAUUGAAAAUACGUUUUUGGAAACAAAUUGCAUUUUGAUUUUGCAGAAAAAAACUGAAAUUGAAGAAAAAUUGUCAUUGAUAUUGAUUUAAAAUGAAUAGAAUUACUGAUAGGGACUACGACUACUAUGACUUUGAAGAUGACAGUGAUCACGAGCCUUGCGAUAGCUCAGAUGAUGAUUUAGAGGUUAUUUUACAUGGAACACCUGAACAGAAGCGUAAAUUGCAGACCAAAGUCCAACAAAGACAUGAUUCUUCAAGUGAAGAUGACUUUGAGAAGGAAAUGAAUAAUGAACUGAACAAACAUAUUAAAGGACUGGAACACGAAAGAUCAAAAAGUAAUGUCACAGAAACUGUUCAAGAUAGUAGCGAAGCUCAGGACCAAGAGAAACCUACAGAACAACAAAAGUUUUAUGAUGAUAUUUAUUAUGAUUCGGAAGAAGAGGAAAUGGUUUUACAAGGUGAUGAACGUGUGAAAAGAAGACCACCAGUUCAAAGCAAUGAUGACUUACUGUACGAUCCUGACCUUGACGAUGAAGACCAGCGAUGGGUGGAUGCUGAACGACAAGCUUAUCAGCCGGCUGUACCCUCAGGAUCUAAAUCAAAACGUCUAGCUAACAGUGAUGCAGUUUUAAACUGUCCAGCCUGUAUGACAUUACUGUGUCUUGAUUGUCAGGGGCAUGAUAUUUAUGAACACCAAUAUAGAGCUAUGUUUGUUAAGAACUGUCGUGUUGAUACAACAGAGAUAUUAAAACAGCCGUUACAGAAGAAAAAACGUACCAAAAAACAGAAGACAUUAGACACUACAAAUAAUGAAACAGAGGACAAUUUUCAUCCUGUUAAAUGUACAGAAUGUUCCACGGUUGUUGGAGUAUUUGACGAUGAUGAAGUUUAUCAUUUCUUUAAUGUACUAGCUAGUCAUACAUGAAAUUCCAUUCUUCAGUAUUGAGUGCAUUCUAUAUAAAUAUUUUCAUGAGACUUCACUGAAACUUGGUAAUUGGCGAAUGAGGUCCUAAACAAUGUAUAUUUUACUAAUGAUAAACUUUAUUUCAUUUUUUGGUGUACUAACAGUGAAAAAAACAUAUCUUUAGAUAAUUUAAAAACUGAAAAAUUGAAAUAAAUAUGUUUACAGUUUUAGUACAAAAAUUAUACCAGCAUCAAGAGAAGUUCUAAGCUCAGGUUAAAAUAAUAUGAACAACCUAGCGUUUCAUCCUUUUAAGAAUUGCCUGCAUGUGUUAUUGUAUCAAUGGAUCAAGAUGCAAGAAUAAUUAUUGUGCCAUAUGAUGAAAUUCCACAUACAAGUGUAUUAUUUUUCAAUAUGAUAAAAACUUUGCAAUAAAUUCAGAUGAAAAUACUAUAUAAUUAUAGCUUUUGUAGAGAUCAUUAUGAGUUUUUAUCAACUCGGAAUCAAGGUCUGUUGAUAUUGAUUCUUGUGGUGAUAUAAACUCAUAUCGACCUGUACAAAAGAUGUAAAGUCCUAUGAUCCUUCACAUUUAACAAAAAAGAUGAAUAUUGUUUCAUUUACUUGAAUGCCUAAGUUUUACUAUAAAACACAAGUCCAUGUUCUUUUAUAAGAAAAUAUUUUAUUUUAUGUUAAUUUUCAGAAAUGUACUGCUUUUGAAUUAUUGUCUUCUUGUGCUCUAACUUGCCGACAGCAUUUCAGUAAUAUGCAGUGACCUCAACUAUGACACCUCUCGCUAAAAAUUUAGCAAUGGCAUGGUGCAAAUGUGAAGGGAAAAACUGUUAAAGAAGAAAAGUAAAUUAAAACAAAUGUGGAAGGAAGAUAGUAUUAACUGAUUCUUAUUGAAAAUAUGAACACACCAAAUUCUUAACAACUGUUAUGACAAAGUUUAAUUUAUAAAUAGGAACACAUGGAAAAUAUAAAAAAAAAAUUAAUAAACAUUGCUCUAUUAUCUCGCUUGUUAUACACAUGCUUCAUGAUUCUGUGUUGAUUGUUGAUCAUUAAAAUCAGAAACCUGAAGGUUAAUUAGCAGCCUAAAAUUUCAAUCAAUAAUCACAGAAAGAAAUAUUUCUUGUUGAUUGUAUGUUAUGGAUUCCUAAUAAAUGUAAAAACAUGCA